AUGCACUCUAAAUCAAUUUAUACCGCUGUCCUUGUAACUAUGGCCAUUCUUGGCGUGGCUAAUUGUGCGGAACAAAAUAGACCAAUGGAAGGGUCUCUAAAAGAUAUGAUCCGUCCUGCAUCACCUCAAGACAUGGUGCAUAAUCGGUUCUUUAAGGUCACAGCCAAUGAAGAUAGUAAUCCAGUGGAAAAAAUAGUGGAAGAAGACGAAGAGGAUGAUGAUGAAGAUGAAGAGGAGGAUGAUGAUGAUGAUGAAUCCAAGCAUCCAUCUAUCCAUCAAAAAAUCACGUCGGAUCAAUCAAAUGACAUUGAUGAAGAGGAAGACCAAGUCAAUGGUAGCGCUAAAAAAGGCCGAAAAGGGGACCAUGAUGAUGAAGAAGAAGAAGAUGAAGAGGAUGAUACUCAUGUUGCACCUAAAACACCUGCACCUUCUCGCCAAAUCCCUGCUGCAACAUCAUCCUCUGAUGCUCCUGCUCCUCCUCCUCCUGCUUCAUCAUCAUCAUCACCACCAUCUCCUCCACAACAACCACAACAACCACCACCACAACAACAACAACCACAACAGCCACCAUCACAACAACAACCACAACAACAACCACAACAGCAACCACAACAGCAACCACAACAACAACAGCCACAACAAUCAUCAGCCAUGCCCACUUCACCAGUUGCCUCUUCCUCGUCUUCUGCUGCGAAUCCACCUAUUUCUUUGGAAAGUUUAACUUUCCCUAGUGGUCCUGCUCCUAAUGUUCCUCCUGGUGCUGGUGGUCGUGGAACUGCUAGUGGUCGUGGAGCAGCAGCUACAGGUGCCGCAGGUGGUCGUAGUCUAUUUGGUGGUAAGAAAAAGAAUGAUUCCUCUCCUGUUCGUAUCAGUGCUGGUGUAUCCAUGGUUUCUCUUAUCAUUGCUGCUGUUGCCCUAUUCUAG